ACAGGAACUGAAGCAGAAGCCAUGGAGGAGCACUGCUCACUGGCUUGCUUCUCAUGGCUUGCUCAGCCUUCUUUCUUAUACACCCUAGGACUACCUGCCCCAGGUUGGCACCACCCACAGUGGGCUAGGCCCUCCUACGCCAAUCAUUAAUUAAGAAAAUGCCGGACAGACUUACCAAUAGACUAUCUAUGGAGGUAUUUCCUCAAUUAAGAUUCCCUCUUCCUAGAUUUGUGUCAAGUUCACAAAGCUCAACAGGGACCGCAGUCUUUCUGGUCUGGCAUUUUCCUAGCUACGCUGGCCAGCGGAUCAAAGUAGAGAAACUUCUUAGACUGCACGUUGUCUCAGGCCCUUGUGGAGAUUAGAGGAUCCUAAAGGCAACAAGAUUCCUCUUGCCUCCACGAAGCUGCCUUUCCAGAGGAGGCCGCCAGGGGACUCCGCUCUGAGCCGAUGAAUUGCAGUGGCGCCCGGGCGGGCUGCGCGGCGCGCUCGGUGCAUGUGGGGGCCGCAUCAGAGCCGCGGCGGCUGCGUCUGGAGUCGCGCGUGCUGGCCAGGAAGCCCCUCGCGUGGAUCUGCCAAGUGUCGCUGCUCCGGCCGGAGGAGCUCAGUCUUUUUCUACCGCUCCAGCCCCAGCUGCCCGCGCGGAGGACGACAGCAGGGCCCUAGGCUGAAGGUUAAAACCCCACGGAAGGAACAUGAGGUUCCCUUGGAGAUCAUUCAAGAGGAAGAUAGAAGGAGCCAUUUAAAAUAGAGGAAAACUAUAGGCUGCAAGACUGGGGCCUGAGGGCUGGCAGUGGAAAACUCUGUGGGGUUGUGAUCUCUCACUGAAAAGUCCCAAGUGCCUUUUUGCUUCCUGCAAAAGGAAGGAAGACAAGGAGGAGACCAUGUCCAUAGCCCUGAAGCAAGUGUUCAACAAGGACAAGACCUUCCGGCCCAAGAGGAAAUUUGAACCUGGCACACAGAGGUUUGAGCUGCAUAAACGAGCUCAGGCAUCCCUCAACUCAGGUGUGGACCUGAGAGCAGCUGUGCAGCUGCCCAGCGGGGAGGACCAGAAUGACUGGGUGGCUGUGCACGUGGUGGACUUCUUCAAUCGCAUCAACCUCAUCUACGGCACCAUCUGUGAGUUCUGCACUGAGCAGACCUGCCCCGUGAUGUCAGGGGGUCCCAAGUACGAGUAUCGGUGGCAGGAUGACCUCAAGUAUAAGAAGCCAACUGCACUCCCGGCUCCCCAGUACAUGAACCUGCUUAUGGAUUGGAUUGAAGUCCAGAUCAACAAUGAGGACAUAUUUCCAACAUGUGUUGGUGUUCCCUUUCCAAAGAACUUCCUUCAGAUCUGCAAGAAGAUCCUGUGCCGCCUUUUUCGGGUCUUCGUCCAUGUCUACAUCCACCACUUUGACCGGGUCAUUGUGAUGGGUGCCGAGGCUCACGUCAACACCUGCUACAAACACUUCUAUUACUUCGUCACGGAGAUGAACCUCAUAGACCGCAAGGAGCUAGAGCCCUUGAAAGAGAUGACAACCAGGAUGUGUCACUAACAUUCCACCUCAUCUUCCGGAAGAAAGGAGCACUGUUUCUCCCAGGAGUCCCCAUGGGACAGGAAGUGGCCCUCCCCGGCUGAAAUGGUCCCUACUUCCAGGAGCAGGAAAGCUGGAGCCCCACACGGACUUCUGAGAGAUGUCUCCUACCCACUUCGUGCGCUCUUAACCCUCUAAGUGCUGCUAGCCAGGGCUCGUGGGCCAGGCAGACCACAGCAUGAAGGACCAGCCUUGCUGCCUUAGGCUGAGGAUGGUGUGGGAGAGGCCAUUGCACUUCCCCACGUCGUACUUCUGCCUGUGACCUGCCCCCUAGGCUUCACUGGAAUUCAGGUUUUGAGACUGA